CGGCCGCUCUCCCGCCUCAGCCGGGCGGCGCCGCGUCCCCCCUUCCCGGGCCCUCGGCCCGCCCGCAGCCCCGGCCCUGCGGCAGCGGCUGCUCCGACACCGGCCAGAGCCAGCCCUCCCCGCGGGGCCCUCUCCUCUGCACCCUCUGCGCCUUUCUCCGUGCGACACCUCGAGCCUGGGCCCAGCUGGGCCAGGCUUAAUCAUACGUACACAUGGGAGCCGCUCCGUGUUCGGGAGCGGCUCUCUCUGCCCGCCUUUCCCGCUGGGAGACAGGCACCUGAUGGCUGAGGGGCAGUUCGCUGGUUGUCAAAGUAUUGACAACCCCCGUGGUGGGAGACGUACACAGAGAAAGCAACUGCUUGCCGAAAAGAUAGGGUUUCUUUAUUUUAAAGCCUGGUAGAAGACAUUAUAAGCAUUGAUAGCCCAAGUGUAAUACAGCAGGAGGCAAUGAAUCACAGAGUUACAGGAUGAACUAAAAAGGGGAACCUUUGGUGCUUAUGGGAAUUGAGAAGGGGGCAACCACUUUCUAGUCGUAUUUAACCCAAGGUGGUCUUUCUGCUUCAUUAGUUAGAAGUUCUAAUUGUCCUAAUAGUUGGAGUUUUCAUUUACAUGACCUGUAUUUUCAUCCUGUUUUAAAGAAGGAUUUUUUUCAUUUAAGCAUUAUAUUGUAUUAAAAAAUUACUGUCUCUAAUCAGAUCCACAUGGGAAAUAUACUUAACUAGGACGGCAACAAAUAUGUCUUCAAUAAUAAUAGUAUUAUGUUCUCCCCUUUCAGUUUAGAGGGUGAGGAAAUUGAGGUUUACCUUUACAGAUGAUACUGAUUUUGCAGGAAUGGUGUGGUUUUGCCUUAGAAUCUAGUUCUCGUCAAAGUUGUCUAAAUCGGGGUGGGAUUUUUUGUGGUUAUGGAGUUCAAUUUAUUGGCAGCACCAUUAGAUUUUUGCAGAAACUCUUUGUUGUAAGCAAAGCUUCAUUAAAAUCAGUAUUUCCUGUGUAUGUUGCUGUGCAUCUACUGGUGAGCAGUACUGUGACUCAUCUUUAAUCAGAAAAAUGUCAUUAGAGCUCACAUUGCAGGUGUAAACUGUAGUCUCUUUCCUUUGGAAGCUAAAACAUUGUGAAAAUGUUCCUAAUAUUUUAAAUUAAUUUUGCAAUUUAAUAUUUAAAAUUCAUCUUAGCAUUUUAUUUCAUUGUAGGUAAUUUAAGUGAUUUUCUAGCAUGGACACUGUUGCUAGCCAUAGUUGUCAUCUUCUCCAGCAGCUACAUGAACAGCGCAUUCAGGGGCUUCUCUGUGACUGCAUGCUGGUGGUAAAAGGUGUAUGCUUCAAAGCACACAAAAAUGUAUUAGCUGCUUUCAGUCAGUAUUUCAGGACCCUUUUCCAGAAUUCUUCAGGCCAGAAGAACGAUGUGUUUCACUUGGACAUUAAAAAUGUAGGUGGCAUAGGCCAGAUCUUGGACUUCAUGUACACCUCUCACCUGGAUCUUAGUCAGGACAAUGUACAAGCUAUGCUGGACAUCGCACAGUGUCUCCAAGUGCAAAAUGUGCUGAACAUUUGCCACACCUUUUUAAAAUCUUCUACAGCUGUAGAGCAAGCAGCCAGCAUGCCUUGUAAUGCUGUAUUUUCGCUGCAGAAUACUUUGGCUACAGAUGGGAGCUGUGCCAGUGACAGUUAUGGGACAAACCUGUUGCAUGAGUGCUCAUCUGACACACAGGCCAGUAAAGUCUUGGCUGACCACCAUUCUCAUGCAUCGCAGUCUGUAAAUCUUCACACACCCCCGGGUGAUGCACAGAAACAGCCACAAGACUCCUUAGAUGGCAGCUGCACAGAGCUUCCAUUUAAACAAUCAAAUUACUAUUACAAACUACGCAACUUUUACAGUAAACAGUUCUACAAACAAAAUGCUUGCUCUGAUCAUGAGAGAGGAGCAGAACCAUCCUUUUCUUACAACACAUCCACAGAAAUAAACGCAGUGGAGAAUAAUUCUUGCACUGUCAGUCACUCUGAGUGUAUUCUGGAAACCUCUGAUCAUUUACCAUCAAACUUUCUGGUUCAGCCUGUGAAUGAAGCUGCUCCAGACCAAGAUGCAGAAAGCACACUUAUGCAGCCAACCAAAGAGAUGCGGCUGAAAAAGGCAAUUCACCUCAAAAAGUUAAAUUUUCUAAGAUCUCAGAAAUCUGCAGAGCAGCCACCUGAGCCUAAAAGGAAUGACAGUAGGGUACCAGAAGUAAUUGAACCUGUAAAUGAAAGUACCACAGACAUGACAAAUGUUAGAGUUACUGAUGAAAAAGAAGAUGAAGAUUUAGUGAAUUCUGAGAAUUUUGAACAAACUGUUGAAAUGGAAAGAUCUCAAGGUUCUUUGGAACAAGAAGGACAAUCACAGACUCUUCAGUCACAGAGACAAUACACUUGUGAAUUAUGUGGGAAGGCUUUCAAACAUCCAAGCAAUUUGGAGCUUCAUAAAAGGUCUCAUACAGGUGAGAAACCUUUUGAAUGUAACAUUUGUGGGAAACACUUCUCACAGGCAGGUAAUCUCCAGACACAUCUACGUCGGCAUUCUGGUGAGAAGCCGUACAUUUGUGAAAUCUGUGGGAAAAGAUUUGCUGCUUCUGGUGAUGUUCAGCGUCAUAUUAUAAUUCAUUCUGGAGAAAAGCCUCAUCUGUGUGAUAUCUGUGGCAGAGGAUUCAGUAACUUCAGUAAUUUGAAGGAGCACAAAAAGACCCAUACAGCAGAUAAAGUAUUCACCUGUGAUGAAUGUGGGAAGUCAUUUAAUAUGCAACGAAAGUUGGUAAAGCACAGAAUUAGGCACACUGGAGAGAGACCGUACAGCUGUUCAGCAUGUGGGAAAUGUUUUGCAGGCUCUGGCGACCUGCGUAGACACGUGAGGACUCAUACAGGAGAAAAACCCUACACUUGUGAGACUUGUAACAAAUGCUUCACUCGCUCUGCUGUUCUGCGGCGGCACAAGAAAAUGCACUGCAAGGCCUCUGAGGAAGGGCCAAACACACUGGAUGAAUUUACUCCGGGGAUUGAAACUUCUGACCUUGACAAGUCUCAGAGUUCUGACUCCUUUGGCCAGGAAAUGUCUGUUACAUUGUUACCAGUGUCUGUUAAAUUUCCAGUUCGUCCAACUGGGAAUCCCACCGAAUUUGACAGUUCUGCAGAUCCCUACUGUAAGUUGCAGUCAGUGGCUCAGCACCACGACUCGGCAAACCAGCAGAAACUCAGUGUGGAUUCUGCCAAGCUCCCGAAAGCUCAGACUCAGCCACCACCACCAUAUGCUUACGCAGACGUGGAUGUGUCUUCCGCAGAAGAACCCUUGCAGUCGGAUGGCAUUCCCAUGAUUCGCUCCUCCAUGGUCAGCUUGGACGGCCAUUGCCAUGACCCGCUGGGCACUCGGACAUCGUCUGCCACGUACAAGAACAAUGAAGGACCCUUCUUCUCCAGCAUGACCCUCUGGGGUUUGGCCAUGAAGACCUUGCAGAACGAAAGCGAGUUGGAACAAUGAGGGCUUAGGUGUCUUUGCAAUGCUAAUGGAGAUGCCACUGCAAGAAGAGCUGCACUACAAAAUAAACACCAUCAACACACCAGUAGGUUGUCUUGUUCUUCAGCAAAUUAGUAUAAAACAUUGGCUAAUUAAUAGACUGUUACAGGAUAGAAGCUUUGCUGAGAGUCCUUUUUCUGCUUUGGUGCUUGGAAUGGUUGCAUUCAUUUCUGGUAUAGAUGUGGUGCUGCAUUUCAAACUGCCUGCUAUAGACACAUGAGUUUUACUGGCCUCUUUCCAACCCAUCAAAAAGUUUUAGCAGUGCUUUGUGAAGCCUUAUGCUAAAACUUUCCUUACAGAUUGUAGUGAAAACAUCCUCAUGCUCCUUUUCUCUGAAGUUCAUUCACAGGCUGUAAGGUCUGUUUGAAGCACGUACUUCUUAUUUCCUAUGUGGAGUCUCAAUGUUUGUAGAUUGAGAAGUAGGUUUGAGUGUUUAGCAGCAGCUAACAACAUCUAUUAUCACCACUAUUUUAAUAACACUGCAGUUCCUCUGCUGAAAAAGAAUCAUGUGUGUAUAAAACUAACAGCUGGAACUGUCCUGUAAUUAAUAUAUAAUAUCAUAUAUUCCUGGUGUUAGAAAAUACAUUAUCACUUGUAAAGUACAAAGAUUCA